AAUUGAAAAAUUAUUAUAAGAAUUGAGACCUUUUUUUUCCAUGUUGGAUUUCUAGAGGGCCAUGUCACGUGGGAAUCACUCUUCUGUCUUUUUUUUUUUUCCCUCUAUUUUUUUCAUAAUAUGAAAAUGCAGCUUAAAAUUAGUUACAAUAGUUGUGAUAGUAAUGGUUUGGAGCUAUAUUUUUAUACUUGCUAUAAAAUGUUGCUUGUAAUUCGGAAAUUGCAACUUCGAACAGAAGUAAUGUGUAUGAGUGAUUUUAGAAAAAUUAGAAAUACUUUUGAACAUACAAAAGUAUUUCGUUAUAAAAUGAUUCUCUUUAAAGCAAUUCUAAUGAAAAUGCUACUAACAAAAGUGCGUUCAAAGAAAAUGGUUUUAACUAGAAUUACUCCCAAAGAAACCUAAUAAUGUAAGUAGGAUUCUAAAUGGCACAAAAUAUAUCUUCUUCCUCAUUUUUCCAAGAAGAAAAAAACAAGGGAUAUGGAAAUCAGCUAAGUUUUGAGGGCAUUGAAAAGAAAAGAACAAGGUUGUUAAAAGGAUGGAGAAAGGGGGCUCAUUUACAGAGCACUUUUGCUGGGUGCUUUGAUUGCCAGAAAGGCAUCCCAAUCAUGGACAGAAAGUAAUACCCAUGUGUAUAUUGCACUGCCAGAAGGGACACGAUGAAGCUGUAAUUAGCUAGGAAAAUUUGUGGAAGUUACAUGCCCCUUGGCCCACUAUCCCACUCAGCUGACACCAAUGAAUUAAAUGCAACCAACCAAAACCCAGCCUUUACAAUACUACUUUUCAUAUCCUUUUUCCAUCUCCGCUGGCAUGUUUCUUUAUCAAUGAAUGAUUAGUUAGCAUAUCUUGUAAACUAUGCUCUUAAGACCGAAGUAUACUCCAUACAUAAUGUGCAAGCACACUACCUAAUCUUACUUCUCUACAUGAUGAACUUAUGUAGUAUGGAUAAGAGGCAAUGAUGAAUUCGUUCUUUCCAGGGAAAAGGAGGGACAUGUCACAGGACCCAAGGAUUUUGACCUAAAAACAAAAGCACUGUUUUGGGCGAUGAAGUAAAGAUUACAUUUAUGUUGGGUACUGAGGUCUCUUGCAUAAUUUAAAGCUCGGCAGUACUUGCCUCCUAAUGUACAGAUUUCUAUUAAACUAGUACUGAAGCUUCUUUAUUUUUUUCUUGCCGCAUAUGGUUCAUCGAUUUAUUUUUUCACCUAAAGUUAGACAUCAUCACUUCUCAUUGAAACUCCAACAUCUUCUUCUCUACACCUAGCAGUGAGGUUUAACAGAACUUUUCCUUGCCUUUGGAUUAUUCUGCAUCACAGUUGUGAAGAAACUAAAUUUUUUUGUUUUUUGUUUUUAUUCCAACUGUUAGAACACUAAAUCUGUCAUUGAGCAAAUCCAAAUUUCCGGCAUUAUUUGCCAAGGUUCCAGUGAGGUGAUUGGGACUUAAGAUGCAGAUUUUGUGACAACAGAAAAGGUUCAAGUUGAGCAGCAGAGAUGUUUAAGUCAGCGAGAUGGAGAAGCGAAAAGAUCAAGAUCAAAGCUGUAUUCAAAUUGCAGUUUCAGGCUACACAGGUGCCAGAGUCACGAGGAAAUCUCUUGAUGAUAUCUUUGAUUCCAGAGGAUGUUGGGAAGCCAACUGUGAGGUUGGAGAAAGCUGCAGUCAGGGAAGGAACCUGUACAUGGGAAAAUCCAAUCUAUGAAACGGUGAAGUUAAUCAAGGAGAAGAAAACAGGGAUAAUCCAUGAGAAAAUUUACCGUUUCAUUGUUUCAACUGGAUCAUCCAAAACAGGUAUUCUGGGAGAAGCUUCAAUUAACUUUGCAGACUAUGAAGAGGCUACUGAACCGCUGACUGUGUCUCUGCCCCUUCAGACUCUUAACUCUGGUGCAAUUUUACAUGUCACAAUCCAGAAUAUGCAAGGAGUUGCUAAUCAAAGAGGUGUUGAAGAAAAAGGAAGUCAAGCAACUAAAUCCCGACAUAGGAGAUCCCAGAGCCAAAUUGUCAACUGCAAAACAGACAGAAACGAAUAUAAUUUAACUGAAGAUGAGGACCUUGAUAGAAUCACGUCUCAGAAUGGUGAAAACAAAAACUUCAGAGUAAAUUGUGGCUCUUAUGCUACAUUAACUCCAACAGCACAAGAUCUUGGAUUGAAGAAUGCUACUACUCAUCGGAAUCCAAACAGCCUUCUAUCACCACUCAGACAGAGCUCCAGGCCUCAAGAGGGAACAAUUGCUGCCACCACAAGAAAAGAUCGUAUGCAUUGGAGAUCAAAUACAGAUUUUUCUGUUGGUUCUGCUUCAGAUGGCAGCAUGAUCGACUCGACAAACAGUGCAGAAGACAACUUUCCAGGAGGUUUCAAAGAGGAUUCGGACAGUACUACUGAAAAACUCAAAAGUGAAAAUUUUAACUUGUUGAGGCAAGCAGAAUUAUCAGAACUGGAAUUGCAGUCUCUUCGGAAACAGAUUGCGAAGGAGUGUAAAAGGGGACAAGAUCUAACAAGAAAAAAUGUUGGUCUAAAAGAGGAGAGAGAUGCACUUAAAGAAGAAUGUGAACAACUCAAAUCCAUGAAGAAAUGUAUCAAUGAUGAAGAACUCUCAGACAGGUUAACAUUUGAGAGGGAAGCUUCAAGGGUCCUUCUGGAAGAAAUGAGGAAAGAGCUGGACUAUGAAAAGGAUUUAAAUAGGAAUCUUCGGUUACAACUGCAGAAGACACAAGACUCAAACUCUGAGUUGAUUAUUGCUGUGAGAGACCUUGAGGAAAUGUUGGAACCAAGGAAUAAGGAAAUAUUUCAGCUUUUCGGUGAUAUAGAAAACAGAGAGAAAAGUGAUGAUGUUGAGGCAAAAAUUUCCAAACUGAAAAUGAACAAGAAUGAAGACCAAGAGGCACUGGAGGAGCUGGUUGAGGAGCAAAUCGAUGCCAAGGAAGUUGGCGUCUUACAGAAAAAGAUGACAGACCUGCACGGUGAAAUAGAGGUGCACAGGAAAGAUAGGGAAGAGCUAGAGAUGCAUAUGGCACAGCUUGCAUUGGACAAUGAAGUUCUAAAACAGGAAAAGCAAAAUAUCUCAACUUUGGAGCAAUACCAGAAGCAAGAACUAAUGAAGAUACAAAAUGAACUCUCAGCUUCAUUGGCUACCAUUAAAGAACUUGAAUCCCAGGUGGAGAGACUAGAGAAAGAAAUCAAGAAGCAGGCACAAAAACUCUCAGAAUCUUCCAAUGCUGUUAAUGAACUUCAGAUGCAGGUUAAGAGCUUGGAGAAAGAAUUGGAGAAGCAGGCACAGGGUUUUGAAGAUGAUUUGGAAGCCAUGACACGUGCCAAAAUUGAACAGGAACAGAGGGCUAUCCGAGCAGAGGAGACCUUGAGAAAGACAAGGUGGAAUAAUGCUCAAUCAGCUGAGAGGCUUCAAGAGGAAUUUAGAAGGAUUUCUGUGGAAAUGACAUCUAAGUUUGAUGAGAAUGAGAAGGUGGCCAUGAAAGCAGUGACAGAAGCUAAUGAUUUGCGUGUGCAGAAAAGAAUUCUGGAAGAGAUGCUCCAGAAAGCCAAUGAGGAGAUUGGAUUAAUUAAAGAUCAGUAUGAUGUAAAACUGCAAGAGCUGUCAAACGAAGUAGAUUUGAAAACAAAACAAAUAGAGAAGAUGACAUUGGAUCUUGACAAGAAGCCCAAGCAACUUGAAUAUGCAGAAAAACAGGAGGGAGAAAAACAUGAGGCUUCCUUUGCAGAGAUCCAAAUGCUCAGAGCUGAGAUAGAAAGGAUCACAAGUGAGAAGAAAACCCUCUCAGAACAGGUGGAAGAGAAAGAAAAGUUUAGAGAUGAGAUGGAACAAAUGAAGACAGCAAUUGGUGAAACAGAAAGACUGAUAAAAAGACAGAAUGAAGAAAAAGCAGAAUUGGAAAGAAAAUUUGCUUCGGUGAUGAAGGAAGCAGAGAAAGUACAGGAGGAUUUACAUACAAUGACUUGUAUGAAGGAUGACAAUGAGACAUUGAUUGGGAGCUUGCAAUCAGAACUAGACAACCUUAAACCUCAGUACAGUGAGUUGAAAAACCUCUUGUUUCAAGAAGUGCUAGAGAAGGAAAACCUCAUGCAACAAGUAUUUCAAUUGAAGGGUGACCUAGAGAAGAAAGAAGAGGUUGUUGCUGUUACAGAGAAUACAGGCAAGGAUAACAAUGGACAAGCUACAUUAUCAGAUGGAACACAAGCGACUGCCACCACAAUGGAACAACUCAAUCAUAGGACAACAAUUUGUGAAGAACAAUUUCAAAAGGAGGCCAGAGAAGCUGGGAAUGUUACAGCGCUUGCUAGUCAGCAUGAAGAAGGAGAAAAUACAGGGGGAGAUUUGUUAAAUCCCGGGAUGAAAUCAAUGGUAUGCCUGUCAGUCCAAAAUGAAAUGGGCACAACAUCAGUUCAAAGAAAUGUAGAAACUUACUCAGAGAAAGAGAUGACCGUCUCCAUUUUCCAUACCAAUGAUGAGAGCAAUCUCACUGAAUUGUUAGCUGAAGUGGCAUUGCUUAAGGAAAGGAACAAAUCCAUGGAAGGGGAGCUUAAAGAAAUGCGAGAGAGAUAUUCAGAGAUAAGUCUCAAAUUUGCAGAAGUUGAAGGUGAAAGGCAACAGCUUGUGAUGACUGUACGGAACCUCAAGAAUGGUAAGAAAAGCUAAAAAUGCUCCAGGCCAAGAACAGCAACACACAUAUGUGAAGCAGAUGGAUUUGCAUGGCAGCAGAUCCAUGUGUAACCUAAUAAUUGGAUUUGGUCCAAAAAAAAUAUAGCAUGUACAUAAUAUCAAUUCUUUCAUUGUGAUUUUGUUUUUCAUCUCCCCUUUAGGAGGCAGCAAAAUAAUUAAUCAAGUUGAAUGUGCUUCCAUAGAUAGUGGAUCCAAGUUUCUCAAGCCAAUGAAGCUUAACAUGAAAAAUGUAUUAUGCUUAUUAUCAAGAUAUUGUGUUCCAUUCA